CUAUCUUGAAAAUAAUAUAUGCUCAGCCAAUACUAUGAAUCUAUGAUCAUUGAGCCCAACAUAUACUUGGAUAGCAAUAGGCCCAUCACUCUUCUCAUCCGUAAAUGGAGUCGGGAGUGAAUAGAGGGAGUAGUGUUGCAGUUAGAAGUAAACAGAAUGGGAUUUCUCCUUAGGGUGAGAAUCGGGUCGUUCGUCGCCGGAGCAGCGGUGGCGUCGGCAGUCGGGCUCUAUAUCCUUCAUAAGGAUUAUAAAAUGGCCCACCAUGCUCUCUCCACGCAGAUGAAUGCCGUCUAUCAGUCGCUAAAUGGGCGUGUUUUGGCAUUGGAAAAAAUGAAAGCAGUGGAGGCAACCAAACAGGCGGAAUCUGCGAACUAGAUUGUACAUGGAAACUUGCUAAAGCUUCAUGCUGUAUUUUUUUUGUUUUGGUUGAUGGAAUUGUAGUUCUUGAAGUUUUAAUCUGGGUUUGUUAAUGAAUUCAGCUACCUUUUGGAAGUAUUUUGGGGAUUUUGGAUAUUAGUUGUCUGUGAUUAUCAAUGCACUUCAGGCUCUCUACUUCUUCUACUCUCACGUCUCUUCUACUCUUAUGUCUUACCUACUCUCAUGUCUUAUACACCAGAUUUUCCCUUUUUGUAGAACUAAUCCUUUUCCUAAGACCUCCACCCUGUGCGCUAUAGGGAAGAUGAAUUGUAAACAUUAGAUUCACAAUGAGCAACAAUAGAAUGCACUUAAUGGUUCAGACUGUUUGUUUCAGCCUCUUAAUGGUUCAGAUGUCUGAAUGGUUAAGAGAUUUGCCUCUGAAUGGUUAAGUAUUAUACAGAGUCUGAAUGGUUAAGAGCUGUUAUCUGAAUUGAUCAGACAUUUGCCUCUGAAUAGUUAAGCAAUAUACUAGCUCUUAAUGG